GAAAUGAACUCGGCGUUAAAGCCAGUCCUACCACAGCCGGGGGUACCGCAGCCGGGGGGUCAGGCUAGUCCCGCCAAAGCUAAUGUGGCAAACGCUAACCACGCGGUUGGUUUACCUCAAGGCGCACAAAAUUCUCUCCAUCAUGGUUCUAAUAAUCUUGUAGGUCAAAAUUUGACCCAUCAUAUACCUAACACACCACCGGUGCCCGCCCACGCAGUACCGUCAAUGGCGCCAGUUUCAGCAAAUAUGGCUCAAAUGGCACAAAACAUGAGCCACCACGGCAAUUUAUCUCAUGUAACACAAAACUCUGUAACACCAACAAAUGUGGCAGCAAGCCCUAGCAAAAGUGCAAGUACAAGUGCUCCAACUCCAUUAAGCUUAGUGCAAGAUAAGGCAAACGCAUCACAACCCCUAGCAUUAACAAGAACACCUGAAAAGAAAGAACCGGACUCUACAGCACAGGCAAAUGGUACAAUUGACUCUCCUAAAUCAGGGACCAGUGCACCAGUUAAUUUAAAGCCUCAGAAUCCUGAAGUAAACAAAGAUAAACAAGAUAUAGCUAAGACUUCACCAAGUACACCAAAACCACCUGAAAAACCUGCAAGUGCUCCAAGCACACCACAAAAAGCAGAUACUUCAACUCCUGUAUCUCAAGGAGAUGGUCCUGUACAACCGAAAGUGGCCACAGCUAAUGAACCACCAGAAAAGUCACCAUCUAAACCUAUAGAACUCAAAUCGGCUCAAACAGCAGAUGUGGCACCCACACAAAGUGAUAGUAAACCUGUACCAGAGUCAGCUAAUGAAAAUCCAAGUCCUGUAAUACCACCUCAACCACAGAAAGAAAUUAUACCAACUGAAAAUCCAAAGCCUGAACCUGUAAAGACAGAAGAAAACGGAGACAGUAAAGAAGUUACACCAAGUUCUGAAGAUAAAGCUCCAGAACAAAAAGAUAAAGUAGAAACACCCAAACCUGAAGAAGUUAAAGUGCAAAAGGAAGAAAAAGCUGAAGAGAAAACUGAAGCAAAAACUCCUGCUAAGGCUGAAUCUAAAAUAACAACUAAAUCAACAUUAAAGUUAGCUACAGUCACUCCUCCCAUGAGGAAAAGAAGGCAAUUGUCAGAAAAAACUGAGUCUACCCCAGCAAAGAAGUCAAAUGAAGAGUCGACACCUGACACAAAAUCAAAAAGAAAUCGGACCAAGGUGCAACUAUAUCAAUCACCAACUCCUGAUAUAGCGAUGGCAACAAAGUUGUCUGCAUCUGCUGGACGAUCCACACCAACAAAACCAAAUGAUGAUAAACUGAUUGUUUUUUAUAAGAAUGAAUACUUGGCUGUCCGAAAUGCUGAGGGUGGUUUCUAUGUAUGCCAAGCUUUACAAAAUGUAUAUCGCACCACUCGCAAGAUCAAAAUACGCUGGCUGUCUCAAGAUAAAGCAGACCCCACUGGAGAGACAUACAAACCAGAUUUCUAUGAUGUCACAGACAUGGAGUGCGUGCUAACGACGCUGUCUCUGACCCGGUCCGCGAGCGGCGGCGGCGCGUGGCUGCUGCGGCCGGCCGAGCAGGCGCGCGCCACGUCCAUCCUGCAGCGGGCCCUGCGCGCCGAGCAGAGCGGCGCCAACUGCCUGCAGCUCACCGAGGAGCACCCCGACGGACUGGAUCUCUCGCUGUACACAGACGAGUCGCAACUGGACAAAAAGUCAAGGAAACGGACCAGCUCGAAGUCAUCGCCGCGGGGAAAGGACGACGACAAUGAUACUCCGAAGGAAGAAUCGACGCCAAGCAAAAAAGCGCGAACGACGCCAAAGCGCAGUCCGCGCUCCGCGAAAAAGUCGAAAUCGCCGAAAUCAGGCAAAACGGCCGCAAACAAAGCGAAAUCAUCAGGUAGUUCGCCCAUAGCGGCGGUCACAAGCAAGGUAGGCAUAGUACGGCGGAUUUAUAGAAAUACGGCAACGGCGGUGACUGAGAAAGCAUCGGACAAGAAGAAAAACACACCGGCCAAGAAGACGCCGACCAAACCGGCUAAGGUGGACACGCCGGCGGCCACGCGCAAGGGACGGAGGGCGGUUAAAGAAACAAAAAGCUCUCCCAUAGUCCCGACCCCGUCCACAUCCACGGGCAAAACAACUCGCACGCCGCGAAAACCGCCCUCGAAGAAAUAAUACAUACAGAUAUACCGACACACGUUAUAUGUAAGCUAACGGUUUUGUCAGAUCGAGAGACUAUGGAAUGUAAAGAUAUUGUACGAAACGUGCCUAUUGUUAAUUAGUUUGGUAAUUAAAUGAUUUUAAAUGAACUUUAAUGAGAUACAUUAAUUCAGUGCGUAUGCGGCUGGAGGUAUAGACGAGCGCGUUUUAUGCGCUCGCACGAGCCACGUGAAAUUAUAUUAUAGUUUUUAUUAUUGACAUAUUGUCAAUAUUAAAUACAUCUUUGGCCUAAUUGCUGAAGUUUAUCCCGAUGGUUACACGUUUAAUCUACAAUUAAUUAAUCAUAAUUACCGAUGAAAUUUGUUAUAUGAUUUUGAUCUUUACAUGCGUGUGAAUAGAAUAUACAAAUGUAAACUUUUAAAUACAUACAUGAUGUUUUUAAUUCACUUAAUACAUUUUUCAAGAAGCCCAUCAUUCCAUGUUGAUUUAUGUUCAGAUUUGUCGAUUGCACCACAUUUCUCUCCAUUUGACAAAACCAAAAAUGUGUUUUCAUAUGAAUGAAAAUAUUUAUAUUGAGUUAGCAUAAUGUAGUUUUAUUAAUUGACUUAUUUACCGGGAAAUGUCAGAAUUUGUAUUUGUUGCGACCAUUGUUGGUUAUAAUGUCAUAAUAUAAUUAUUUUUAUAAGUUUCAUAAACUGACACACCUCUAUUAAAAAAACAUUAUUUAAAGGACCAUUUGUGUCUUUAUUGUGUGCGUUUUGGAGUUUAAUAGAAUAAUUUCAGUUUUAUUUCUGUGAAACUCCAAACAAGUUUUUAAAGUUUAUCGCUCACGAAAUGUGAUUAGUUUCAAAGAAACCCAAUUCCAUAGUAUGCCUCUAAUAAUAGUACCAAAUGCCACAUUUGAAGAAGUAUUUUCGCACUAGACAUAUCAUAUAGGUAGCCUCUCAUAAAGCGAUAGACUGUUUGCCUAAAUCUAUAGAAAGUGUAAUACUGUUUUUGGCGCGAAUAUAGCAUCUUUGUUAAAUGAAUUGAAAACAUAUGUACAUUGUUGUACUUUAAAUUUUACUCAAUAUGAAUUCUUUAAUGUUUUUAAAAGUACAAUAGUUGCAAUUUAGAUCGUAAUAGUUUGAAUAGAUAGAUAUUGAUUACAUAGGAUACACAAUCAGAGCUUUUGUAAGCAAUAUUCAAGUACACGCCACAAUUUUCGUCAAUUUACAUGCAAUUAUGUAAUAUUUGAGACGCACAGUUCAAUUAACGAUUUAUAGGCUGUGUUAGUUACAAGGUCUAUGAACAAAACUUGAUUGUUUUUUUCCCUUAUCACUGAAUAUAUCACAAUCUUUCAUUUCCUUCUUUACACUUACAUUUUUGGAAGAAUUAGUUAGUAGUAUGUUUAGUUUACGGAAUAACUUUGUAAAUAAAAUUAACAAAAAAUAUCAUAUUUUAUUAAUGUCCGCGCCGAUUGAAAUGUGGCUCUGUGCAGUCAAUGAAUGCAGUAAAAUUUUAUAAAUUGAGCCAUUGUAUUUAAUUGGCGGUACAUUAUGUAAUGAGGUAUUUUUACCUCAAAGCGUUAAGCAAUAGCUAAUUAAGUUAUUUUAGGAUUAUCUAAUUAAUUAUAUAAAUUCUAAACUUUUUAGAGUAUUCGAUUUAUUGCGACACAAAUUGUAUAUUAGUACAAAAUAUCGGCGAGUGUGGUAUUGAUACAUUUUUGGAUGUUGUUAUUAUAUGACUUUAAUUUACAAUCACACUAUUUUGUGCAUAUAAAAGUUGAAGAACAAUCGAAAUCUGGACCAAACGUAAUGUAGUGAGGUAAGUGUACGAUUUGAUGCCAAAUGUUGAAACACUGCCUCGGAAACUUUAUAUGAAUUUAUGAUCACCUGAAAGUCUAAAAAGGCAAUUUAUUCGAUGUUUUUUUUUUCUCUUUUAAGUAAAAAUUAUCAAAUAUACUAAUAUAAUUUUAUUUUGUGGAAAUGUUAUGGCGUACUGGUUGGUGGAUGAAGAUGACGAAUGAGCUCGAAUAACCAUAAUUUUUAUAUUAAGGAGAGAAAAUUAUGAGAAACGAGAUUUAUAUGCAUUCAACUCAAUUGUCAACUUCGUCGACAUAAAUAGUAUGUAAAUAAUUACAUCACUGGCACAAUAUUGUUACGAAUGUACUAAUAACUUUAUAGUUUUUUUUAUUUGUUUUCGAUGUAUGGGUGACCUUAUUGUUGCAACGAGCUCAGUGUGAGCGUGUGUGUGUGAAUCUUUAGUAAAUGUAAGUACCUAAACAUAGGUGGUAUUUUAUUAUUAAAUAGAAAUAAGGUGGAAUAAGAUUAGUUAUAUAUUAUUGCGUGUGAAUUUUCUGUUUUAAGUAAGAGCGAAUAACUGGUCCUCUGGUACAAUAGAUGUAAAACAUAAAUUUAGCGUUUUAUACAAAAUAAAGAUAUCAGACGAAGAGUACUAUUGUAACAGAAAGUCCACAAAAUUUCUAUGCAAUUCAGAAAUAAAUAUAAAUAACUUAAGAAA